UUCACCAGCAGUUUUGUCCAAAGUCUAACCCCCUCUCCACAGCGAUAUUUUACGUUAUGAUGAAGGCCCAUUGCCGAGGUGUCCUGAGGUCUUACAUUCAUGCAUGGCUCUUGUUGUACGAUUCAGAUCCCCUGAACCUGAGCAUGGGGCCGCCCAGCAUCACCACAACCACUUCUACCAGUACCCCUACGUAUGAAUCAGCUCUAAGCAUUAAUACGUCAAUGCAAGGGGUAAGUAAUACCAUGGUAAGUGGUGUCCUAAGCCCAUCCUCUCUCUCCCCCUUGGGGCAAAGUGAGUUGGCUACACAGCAGCGGCAGCAGUUGUCGCCGUCGUCCAGCCCGGGUGGGUCGCCGCUGGUCAGCGUGUCGGACUCCAGCAACGUGAUGUCGCCCAGCGAGAUGACCACGACCAGCAGCCUGCUGGUUGGCACCAGGAAGAUGAACCUUCGCGGCGGCGACGACAGCUCCGGAUGGAUGGAGGACGACGAUUCGUCCUCGAGCACCGGCAGUGGCGGCGGAGUUGCACGCUCCAUCACCGCUAACGGCCAGCGGAAGUCCCGCAAAGUUUCGGCCAAGCAGAGCCCCUCCAGCCCAAAGCAGAAAAUCAACAUGGAGCGACUGUUUGACGCUGAUGGCAGCAGCUGUCAGCCACAGUUUGAGUUCAAGAAGUUUGGUGCUGACAUUGUCAGCAUCAAGGCGAGAGACUCGCAUCAGGGGGCACCAGGAGACAUGCAGAGUGCAUUGUCAGCCCCGCCCACCCUGCUAACAUUGGUGCCAACAAACACCGUGCCAUGCCAUGUGGUGGAACUCGCACACGUCAACUCCUGCCCUGUCCCCAGGAGGCAGGCCAAGGAACCGAGCCUGAACAUGCCAAACUUGACCAGCAAGCACGGCAGCGUGCAGCUGAAGAUCCUGAAGCAGCCAGAAGUACACCACAGGGCUCGCUACAUGACGGAAGGUAGUCGGGGGUCAGUCAAGGACGAGUCUGGUCAUGGAUUCCCUACUGUGAAGCUUGAAGGCUGCAACAAGUCAGCCACUCUUCAAGUGUUUGUGGGAACAGACACUGGGAAAAUCAAGCCUCACGGUUUCUACCAGGCCUGCAAGGUUACCGGCCGUAACACCACCCCCUGCACAGAGAGGGACAUUGAAGGGACCACAGUCAUCGAAGUGCCACUGGAUCCAACAAACAACAUGACCCAGAGUUUGGAUUGCGUUGGAAUCCUGAAGCUGAGAAAUGCGGACGUGGAGGCCAGGAUUGGGCUGGCGCGCUCCAAGAGAAGAAGCACGCGUUGCCGGCUGGUAUUCCGCGUCCACGUUCCCCGGGAAGACGGAUCCCUGCUGACACUGCAGUGCCACUCCACCCCCAUCAUUUGCACUCAGCCCACUGGUCAGCCAGAAAUCCUGAAGAAGAGCCUGUCAUCCUGCACUGUUGCCGGCGGGGAAGAAAUGUUCAUCAUCGGGAAGAAUUUCAUCAAGGGGACACAAGUCAAGUUUCAGGAAAUUUCUGAAGAUUGCCAGUUGAUUUGGGAGGCAGAGGCAGAAAUUGACAAGGAAUAUUUCCACCAGACCCAUCUGAUCUGUACGGUUCCCCCGUACCAAACGGAGGAUGUGAAAGAGGCGAAGGCUGUUCAGGUUGUGGUGUGCGCUGGUGGCAAGACCAGUGAGCCCCACACCUUCAGCUACACGCCCCUGCCCACCGUGAAGCCACCUGUUGUUCUGUCGCUCAAAACUGAGACAGGCCUUCAGCAGCCUGAGUCCUGCUCUUUUGAACAACAACUCCGAGCUAUGGCAGAGCAGGCUGUUCGCGAGCCUCCCAACACAACAACAACACUCCCCGUGACCGUGGCUCCGAUCGGCAGCGUCGUGACCCACCCUGGGCUGAGCCAAGAGGACAUGACCAUGCUCCUUCCCCCAGCCAACGCAGAGGAGACAACCCAGCAGAGUGCUCAGGGGGUCUUUGAUCUGGGUGAGUUGUCUCGUGACUACCGUAAUUCAAGCCUGAUGCCUGUGGCCACAGCAGAUAGAGCCGCAGAAAACUGGCAGUGGCUUUGUGACUUUUCUCUAGCCCCAAUAGUGGAACCUCUGCAACAGCAGCAAGAACCCCAGGACGAGGAGACCAGACUUCAUGACAUCAUCUCUGCGUUACAAACAGUAGAUGGCACCGCAUUGUCUCAGUCCAUACAGCCUGGAUACACAAUAGAAGAUGUGACUGAAGUUCUCAUGAAGAAUUAGCGACAGGUGUGUCUCUGAAGAUGACUGGAGCCAAGCAGUAGCCAGUACAGAAGAAAGCACCUCCACAUGUAGCACUCUUUGACAGCAUGGCUUCAGUUAUGUUAUUGUACAUGAACAGAUGGUCUAUAUCUUUUGAUCACCUGAUGUAUAUCAAAUAUUACCCUAGUGUUGGUUCAUAGGACUUAUGAAGUAUUGAAAAGUAUUGAAAAUACUAGCCUACAAUAAUUUUGUGUGCUAGGACUAGAUGCUCUAAAGCACUUCCAAGUAACAUCCUAUGUAAAUACUAUCAUUGCCAUAGUCAUGCUACAAAAGUAGCAGUAGACGUCUAGACAACCCCCUGUAAAUAUGUGCCCCAUGAAUGCCGUGUCAGUUGUUGUGACAGUGGUCUAUUUUUGUGGUGGACUUGAAAAUUUUGAUGUAUUUAUUGUAAAUAGAGGAGCGACAACUACAAGAUCUCCAUAGUGUGAGACUGAUGUAUAUUGAACAGAAAGCCAAACUUUAUUUUGUAUACUAUGGUUUUUGUCCUUUGUAUAUUCUACUAAUCGCGGAUGUACCUAAGUGUAAGUGGCACACUUCUGAGAGUGCAAUUGAAUUGUUGAGGGAAGAACUGUUGACAGAAAUCAAUUUUAUCAUAAUGAUGGUUCAUGUCUUCAGUUUCUAUGAAGUGAAAUGAGUAUUACUGUAUCCGUGAUUCCAUGAUUGAGCCAGUGUUUUCACGUAAAACUGUAUCGCUUCAUUUUUGUACCUGUCACAACAUUUUUUUUUCUUGAUUUUUUUGUUACCAGGGCUUACAUCAUUUAACAUUAUUAGGGAACUCAUGGUCAAAAGCAUGCAAAGAUGAGCUGAUAGCCAGUAUAGAUGAAAUACAUUCUUUGAACAAAGAUAAUGCACCAGUUUUGAUGUAAGCCCUGGUUCAUAACCCUGUAGAUCAGGUAAAAGUGCCUGUACGUCUGUAUUUAACCUCGGAGAUACUAGCAGAAUAUCAACACAAACAAGAACCUUGGAUUCUAUUUGUUCUGAACCGAGUGUAGUUUCUGGAAGCAAUAAAGAUGGUUUGUUUUGAAUCGUU